AUGGCUGCAACAGCGGUCGGCUUGUACAACGUUGUCGUAGCCGUGACUGUCGCCGUCUUUCUGCUGACGGUAGAAGCUGCCAGAGCGCCCACCGAAUGCGUUGGUUGUACGCCGCCUUGCAUCUGCCCCGGACAGAAGGGCGAACGAGGUGACCCCGGCUUUCAAGGUCUUCCGGGUCAUCCGGGAGAACCCGGAGACAUCGGCCCAGAGGGACCUGAAGGAUCGAAGGGUCCUCAUGGACCUUCAGGCGAAGAAGGUCAGAUGGGACCAAAAGGAUAUCGGGGAUUGUCCGGACCCCCUGGAUUACCUGGCCGUCCUGGUCCAAUGGGUCCAGUGGGACCAGUUGGACCUGAAGGAUUUCAAGGAGAUCCGGGCGAAGGUGGUAUCAAUUCGAUAGGUAUCAAAGGUGAAAGUGGAGAAGGCAAUGCUGGUCGGCCAGGUCGUCCAGGUCUGAAAGGCGAAAAGGGAGAUUUGGGGCCAGCUGGUCCAAUGGGUAUUCAAGGUCAGCAAGGUCCUAAAGGAGCAAUGGGCACAUUCCGCCCAGGACAGAAGGGAGAAAAAGGAGCAGCAGGCGUCGCAGGACCGGCUGGUCCUCCUGGUGAAAUCAGCGGCGCAUCAAAACCUGAAGAUUCAGAAAUUGUUCAAGGACCGGCUGGAUAUCCUGGCUUCAAAGGCGAAAAAGGUGAUGCUGGCCCAGUGGGCCCGGUUGGAUAUCCUGGAGCAGAUGGUGAACCUGGAUCAACUGGCCCAAAAGGUGCUCGUGGAGACAUGGGACCACCAGGGCCCAGA